CUAAAGAAGAAGCUCAUGGUCCCGCCCAUCUUGUCGUUGGCGGAAGUAGCAGUGGUCUCCAAAAGAAGGGUCUCCUCCAUCCAGAAUCUGAGCAGGACAAAAUGGCAUUAAGAGCUGCACUAAGGAACUCGUGCGGCUUGUCAGGUCUUCUUUCCCGGCGGUCCUCCUGCAGCACUCAUGGCAGUGUGUCUCCCCUCCUCGUCGCUCAGCAGAGGAACAACUCCACUUCGCCCAAGAUCGAUGUGGAAUUUGACCAAAGCACAGGUGUGGCUGUGAUGCGCAUGCAGAGUCCGCCGGUCAACAGCCUCAGUUUAGAUUUCCUCACAGAGUUCUGCAUCGGCGUGGAGAAGCUGGAGAUGGAUAAGGGCUGCCGAGGCCUCAUCAUCACCUCGAACCAGCCCAAGGUGUUCUCAGCCGGGCUGGACAUCAUGGAGAUGUACGGGAAGAGUCCGGAGCGCUGUGGAGAGUUCUGGAGAGCCGUUCAGGAGAUGUGGCUGAAGCUCUACAGCUCCAACAUGGUCACUAUAGCUGCGAUCAAUGGUUCCAGUCCUGCAGGUGGCUGUCUUAUGUCUAUGACGUGUGACUACAGGAUAAUGGCGGACAACCCUCGGUACAGCAUCGGCCUCAAUGAGACGCAGCUGGGCAUCGUAGCACCUUUUUGGUUCAAGGACACCAUGGUGAACACAGUUGGCCACCGAACCACAGAGAUGGCUCUGGAGCUGGGGCUGCUCUACAACCCGUCGGAGGCCCUGAAGAUAGGACUGGUGGACCAGCUGGUACCUGAAGACCAGGUCCUCACCACAGCCGCACAGGCCAUGACCAAGUGGUUGGCUAUUCCAGACCACGCCAGACAGAUCACCAAGUCCAUGAUGAGGAAGCCAACCGUCGACAAGCUGACGUCCAACAGAGAUGCCGACAUCCAAAACUUUGUCAGCUUCAUCACCAAAGACUCCAUUCAGAAGUCGCUCCGCAUGUAUUUGGAGAUGCUUAAAAAGAGAAGAGCCUAAAGGAGAGAGGGAACACCCAUAAAGUGGUGCACAUAUACACGCAUUACAGGGAGUUUGUGACAUUUGUUGAAAACACAGUGUCAUGUGUGCAUUAGUGUUAAUAGACCCUUGAACACCGCUCCCUGCAACUUACCUUCGUAACAGUGUACAACCAGCAAGCACAGGGGGAGACAUACCCAGGAUUGAUGCCAAUGAUUCAGUGACAAAUAAACACAACACAAAUUUCACAGUACAUUAGUAAAUAUAUUAAAAAAAAAACUUUUAUUCUAAACUCUUAUUUCGUAACAUGAUAAUAUUUGAAGUCAAAGCAAAUUAACACACUGUUAGGCAUAAUACAUAGUAAGUAUCCGUAACUAGAGAGAGAGAGAGAGCAGCAGCAGCAGUAGUGAUCGAGUGAGCUAGAGAAGGAAUGAAGAGAGGGAAUGCUGAACAAAGCAGUAGUCCGAGGAAUAAAGCACUCUUUUCUGACUGCUGGGGUUUAGUGAAUUGCUGCCACAGACAGGCCUCCACCAAGUGCCUAGCCUUACUGUCCCUUUAAGAACCAUAACUUAUGAAAGUAAGCUCUGGUGUAUUUGAACAGCCCACAGUGGGCUACGCCUUUGUGAUCUCUAACCGAUUUAUCCCCAACACAUGACUGACUGCUUUUUAGCCUGAUAUUUCUCAAUAAAUGGGUGUAUUUACAGUAUGUGGUCAGAUGGUUUAUUGGUGUGAUUUAAAGAAGGAAUUGAAGGUCAGUUUUAUUUUUGGCAGUACUUAUCUCAGGAGACUUAAAAUUGUAUCCUCUGGUCACAUUGAGAAAUUACACGGGCACUGGGAGAGCGCAGACUACCAAAGCCAUGCCCUGUCUCGCAAUGUUAACAAAAGUGUGUAUUUGGGUUCUUUCUUGGCCCGUGCUACACCCAAGUUUCAUGAAUCAGUAAUCGUGCUGACAGACAGACAAACUGAUCAGAAAACGCAAUAGUCUCGGUUUGAAGGCAACAGAGACAUAUGCUGGUGUCAUAAUAUGCAGAUAGAUUCAGUUUUAUGUGCAAAGAUUUUUAAUUCCCAUCACUGAAAACUGUCCUGCCUUAUAUUUGUUUAUAGUACAUAUAUACGCCAAUGCAAUAAAAGUAAAUGGACUUUUGUUUGUGCUCAAUGAGAAUCAUUGUCCCAGUUACUCUAGAUUAGUCUCGCUUGCCAGAUCUAUCCACAGCGCUGUUGACAUUGCAUUUCAGUAGAAAGUGAUAUAUACAUUUAAAAAAAAGAAAAUUGUCAAAAAAGGGGCUUUUUCAUUCACCUUGUAUGCCCUUUCAUGUCCCACUCGUCUGUUUCCUAAGCCUGUUCAAUGAAAAAAAGUUUGCAAUGAAA